AUGUACUCCUCGAGCACACGCAAUGUCGACCUGACUAAGAGCGAGACGGAGCUGGCCACCAACAUCAAAAAGGCCACUUCCAUCGAAGAGUCGGCGCCCAAGCGGAAACAUGUGCGCGCCUGUAUCGUCUACACCUGGGACCACAAAUCCUCGCAGUCCUUCUGGAACGGCAUCAAAGUCCAGCCCAUCCAGGCCGACGAGGUGCAGACGUUCAAGGCGCUGUACACCAUCCACAAGGUCCUGCAGGAAGGCCAUCCCGUCGCAUUGAAGGAGGCGCAGCAACAUGCACAAUGGCUCGAGGGACUGCAACGGGGCAUGGGAGGGAUGGGCGGCAUGGGAGAUCGAGGAUACCAACCCCUCAUUCAGGAAUACAUCUUCUACCUCGUCUCCAAGCUCAAGUUUCACCGCGAGCACCCGGAGUUCAACGGAACCUUUGAGUACGAGGAGUACAUUUCCCUCAAGUCCAUCAACGACCCCAAUGAAGGCUACGAGACCAUCUCCGAGCUCAUGACCCUGCAGGACCAGAUUGAUUCCUUUCAAAAGUUGAUCUUUGCCCACUUCCGCGGCUCCACUAACAAUGAGUGUCGCAUCAGUGCUUUGGUUCCCUUGGUACAGGAGAGUUAUGGCAUCUACAAAUUCAUCACCAGCAUGCUGCGCGCCAUGCACACCACCCUCGGCGAUGAUGAAGCGCUGAGUCCUCUCCGGGGACGAUACGAUGCGCAACACUACCGCCUGGUUCGCUUCUAUUACGAGUGCUCCAACCUGCGAUAUCUCACCUCGUUGAUCACCGUCCCCAAACUUCCGCAGGACCCGCCAAAUCUUCUCAGCGAAGACGAUGCUGCACCCGCAUUGCCGGCGAGACCCAAGAAUGAGAAACCACGCGACACUCCUCCUCCCUCUGCUCCCGAUCCCGAGCCCAUCAACGAGUUUUGGAAGAAUGAGCAGGCGCGGCAACAGGAAGAGUACGAUGCCGAGCAGAGGAGACUGCAGGCUCAGUGGGAAGAGGCACAGAGACUGCAGCAAUUGCAGGCACAGCAAGCACAGCGAGACUUUGAGGAACAGCAGAGACUACAAGCAGAGCAACAGAGAUUACAACUCGAACAGCUGCAGAGGGACCAAUACGCGCAACAAACUUCCGGUCGCAUGGCAGAACUAGAGCGGGAGAAUAUGAAUGCUCGCGCGCAGUACGAGAGAGAUCAACUCAUGCUUCAACAAUACGACCAGCGGAUGAAGGCGUUGGAGGGAGAAUUGGCACAGCUGAACCAAAACUUCCAGCAGCAGACUGCGAGCAAGGACGAUCAGAUUCGUGCACUGCAGGAGCAGGUCAAUACGUGGAGGACAAAGUACGAAGCUCUCGCGAAACUGUACAGUCAGUUGAGACAUGAGCAUCUGGAGUUGUUGCAAAAAUUCAAGGGUGUGCAACUGAAGGCGGCAUCUGCACAGGAGGCCAUUGACAAGCGGGAGAAGCUGGAGCGCGAGCUCAAGACGAAGAAUCUUGAGCUUGCAGACAUGAUUCGGGAGAGAGACCGAGCAUUGCAUGACAAGGAUCGUACGACUGGCGGCCACAAGGAUGAACUGGAGAAGCUGAAGCGUGAACUCCGCAUGGCUUUGGACCGAGCUGAUAAUGAGCAGCGUGCCAAGGGCAGUGAAUUGUCUGCCAUGCUCUCAAGACAUAACCGUGAGAUUGCCGACCUGGAAGAGGCCCUGCGCAAUAAGACCCGCGCUCUGGAUGACAUGCAGAUGAAGCUCGGAGAGGGCAGCUCUGACCUCCAAGCUCAGCUACGAGAAAAGGAGGAUGAGCUGGAAAUUUACAAGUCCAGUCUCGACCAAGCUCUUGUAGAAUUGGAAGAACUCCGCCAAAACGGUGGCGGCGUUGACAACGCAAUGGACGAGCAAAUCGAUGUCAUGCUACUCGACAACAUUCGCAAGAUCAACGACAUUAUCGACUCGGUCCUUCAAGCAGGUGUACAACGGGUCGAUGAUGCCCUCUACGAACUCGACAGCUCCAUGCAAGCCGGAAAUCAAAACGCCAGCGGGCCAUAUGUGCUCUCACAGAUUGAAAAGGCACAAAGCAGCGCCAUGGAAUUCAGCACAGCAUUCAACAACUUCAUCGCCGACGGUCCGAAUAGCACCCAUGCAGAGGUCAUUCGCACAGUCCACACCUUCUCCAAUGCCAUCGCAGACGUCCUGUCCAAUACCAAAGGAUUAACACGCUUUGCGAGUGAUGACAAGAAAGCCGAUCAACUCAUCUCUUCCACCCGCCGUUCCGCUUCAAGCACUGUGGAUUUCUUCCGCGGAAUCAUGUCCUACCGUCUCGAUGGACUUGAAGACCUUCAGAAGACAGAUGUGGUAAUCAACAAGAACAAYGAAGUCCAAAUCGCCCUCAACAACCUUUCGAAACUCGCCGACGCUUUCGCGCCCAAGGGUGUAAAAGUCACCAACACUUCUGGGGAUUUGGGAGAACUUGUCGACAGAGAAAUGGGCAAUGCUGCGUUGGCGAUUGAAGCUGCUACGGAACGUCUCACCAAACUCAUGAACAAGCCUCGAGAUCAAUACAGCACAUACGAAUUGAAGAUCCACGAUGAGAUUCUCGAAGCUGCGAUUGCGGUUACCAAUGCCAUUGCACAGCUCAUUCGUGCUGCGACGGCCUCUCAACAGGAGAUUGUCAAGGAGGGACGGGGAAGUGGAGGCAUGAGCAAAACCCAAUUCUACAAGAAAAACAACCGCUGGACAGAAGGCCUCAUCUCCGCCGCCAAAGCUGUGGCAAGUUCCACCAACAUGCUCAUCGAGACCGCCGACGGCGUCAUUUCCGGCAGGAAUUCCGCGGAACAACUCAUUGUGGCAUCCAACGACGUUGCGGCAUCCACCGCGCAACUCGUCGCCGCCAGCAGAGUCAAAGCAUCUUUCAUGUCCAAGACUCAAGAGAGGUUGGAGGAGUGCAGUAAAGCUGUAGGACAAGCAUGUAGAGGCUUGGUCCGGCAGGUUCAAGAAAUCAUUCGAAGGCGAGAUUCGGGUGGGGAUGAAGCGACGGAUUACUCGAAAUUGAGUGGACAUGAUUUCAAAGUCGCGCAGAUGGAACAGCAGGUGGAAAUUUUACAAUUGGAGAACAGUUUGGCUGCUGCGAGGGGACGGUUGGGGGAGAUGAGRAAGUUGAGUUAUGCGCAGGAAGAGGAGUGA